UGUAAGUGUUGAAGCAGAUGGAGUUGAUAGCAUUAAUGUAUCAUGGAGUCCUCCAUUCAACCUGGAAGGAGUCCCCAUACUCCACUACAGUGUCUAUAUCACCAGUCAGGGAGUCUCAGAACAGAGAAACACCACUGAAACACACAUCACUCUAGAGAGACCAUGUGCCAGCACCAUCACCUACCAGAUCAGUGCAUGGAAUUAAGUGGGAGAGGGAAAUGCUACCAGAAAAGCAUUCCCAAACAUUAUGAAAGCAGCCAUCAAAGCUAUGAGUGAGCUCUCAAAACCUGUAAUAUGUUUUUUCUGUACAUUUUUGGCUGAUUACACUGCUGAUGAUUGUGCAGUCACAAUGGAAAACAACAAAUCUGUUUUUGUUUUCAAUGCCACCCGAAGCAAUAACAAUGACGACAACCUUGUACUACUGGAAUGUUUCUCAGUU